UCCAAUUACGGAUUUGCAAAACUGUGACCAGGAUUAAGAGGCGAUGGAGAAAAGGAACACCCUAAAACUGUGUAUAUAAGGGUCAAACGGCAGCCUAGGAUAGACUCUUCACCGUCACCCCUCGUAGUUCCUCCAACAAGCUCAGCACCGGCCAGAGCCCCAUGUCUCUCUCAUCUCGAGUCUCUUCCUCCAGGGCUGGAGGCAGCAGGGCAGCCGCAGGCGGAAGCAGCUCUGGCAGUGGAAGCAGAAGCGGUCUGGGGACCCAUGGGGGUGCCGGCGGCUGUGGCCUGAGCCGGGGGUUUAGAGUCGGCUUUGGAGGUGGCGUUGGAGGGGGCGGUUUGGGAGGAGUCGCAGGCUGCGGAGCUGGCUUUGGUGGGGGCUCUGGAUUCGGCAGUGGUGCUGGUGGGAGCUUUUGCAGCUAUGGUGCUAGCAUGGGAGGUGGUGUUAGCCACGGGGGGCUUCUCUCUGGAGGUGAAAAGCAAACCAUGCAGAAUCUCAACGACCGCCUCGCCAGUUACCUGGGCAAGGUCAGAGCCCUGGAGGAGGCCAACGCUGACCUGGAGAACAGGAUCCAACAGUGGUAUGUCAGACUCGGGUCGGGGUCUAGAGAUGGCGGAUCUGGACGGGACUACAGCAAAUACUACGCAAUGAUUGAGGAUCUCAGGAACCAGAUCGUCAGUGCCACUGCUGACAAUGCUGGGGUGAUUCUGCGAACCGACAAUGCCAGACUGGCGGCCAAUGACUUCAGGCUGAAGCACGAGAAAGAGCUGUCUCUCCGGCAGAGCGUGGAGGCCGACAUCAGUGGCCUCCGCCAAGUCCUGGACGAGCUGACCCCAACGCGCUCCAACCUGGAGAUGCAGGUGCAGACUCUCACGGAGGAGCUGGCUUUCCUGAAGACAAGCCACGAGGAGGAAAUGAAGAGUAUCCAAGGGCGCUCUGGGGGAGACGUGACCGUAGAAAUAAAGGCCGCCCCGGGAACCGACCUGACUACGCUGCUGAAUGACAUGCGGGCACAGUACGAGGAGCUGGCUGAGCAGAACCGGCGGGAAGCAGAGGAGCAGUUCAACAAGCAGAGCGCAUCGCUACAAGCACAGAUUUCUAUGGAUGCUGGGGCAGCCAGUUCCGCCAAGAACGAGAUAACCGAGCUGAAACGUACUCUCCAAGCCCUGGACAUUGAGUUUCAGUCCCAGCUGGCCAUGAAAAGCUCCCUGGAAGGGACACUGGCUGAAACAGAAGCUGGCUAUGUGGCUCAGCUGUCAGAAACUCAAAGGCAGAUCGGCAGCCUGGAGGAGCAGCUCCGGCAGAUCCGAGGCGAGACCCAGUGCCAGCGUGCAGAAUACGAGUGCCUGCUGGACACCAAGACACGCCUGGAGAUGGAGAUCGAGACCUACCGCCGUCUGCUCGAUGGAGAGGGAGGCUCUGGUUCUGGAAGAUCGGACUUCAGAGACCUAGGAUCCAGGGACUCAAGAUCUGAAAGCCACUCUGGCCAACAGAGAGAUCCCAACAAGAUGAGAGUGACCAAGACCAUCAUAGAGGAGGUGGUGGACGGCAGAGUCGUCUCGUCUCAAGUGAGCAACAUUUCCGAGGUGAAAAUCAAAUAAACCGCGUCCAGAUCAAUGAAAGUGUCUUUCAAAGAAAAAACUCGAGGACGCGAGUGAAGACAUCACCCCCAUCUACUAACCUUUCUGAAUAACCUCAGGGCAAAGUUCCAGUCCAAAAAUAGAUGGCUAAGAAUUGUUCUGUAUCCUCUCGUUUUCCUAUUAGAACGCUCUUGAAAAAGUCCCAAUGACAACUUUUCUCUGAUUCUUAACUCUGCUUCAAUAAACUUACACUUGCAAGUUACCAAAAUCAUUCCGGAAGUUUUCAAGAAAGCCAGUGAAUGAAGCUAUGCGUUAUAAUCUAGCUGCAUUUUGUAUGUGGACAUGUUCAGCCACAUCACACAGGAACUGGGUGACACCCUAGCUGAUAGGACAGCUCAGUGCUGCCAAUACUGUAGCCAGCGUCUUAGCCCACAGGGAAGAAUGAAAUUAUUUGGAUAAUCAGGGCAUAAUUAACUAAUGCCUAGUUUCUUUAUGUCCAUCACUAAAGUGAGUCAGCAGAUGAAAAAGAAGCACAAGGUAAGCCCCUUACCUCAAGAAACGUACAUUGUAGGCGGAGGGGGAAGAAGCUAAAACACAAAGAUAGCAAGUGAGAACAAGGGGUUAAGAGUAACGAUUGGAGGCCAGCACUGUGGUGCAGCAAGUUAAAGCCCCAGCCUGCAGCACCAGAUUCCCAUAUGCGCGCCGGUUCAAAUCCCGACUGCUCCACUUCCGAUCCAGCUCUCUGCUGUGGCCUGGGAAAGCAGUAGAGGAUGGUCGAAGUGCUUGGGACCCCGAACCCAUGUGGGAGACCCAGAAGAGGCUCCUGGCUCUUAGCUUUAGAGCAGCUCAGCUCUG